AUGGGAAAGAAACCGAAGAGCCAGAAUACCUCCGAGCCUGUCGAUCCAGAUGCCCUCGCAAAGGCUCUAAAGGAUUACGAAGACGCUGGACGUCCCCGGGAAAGAACACCUGGAACAAGCCCCAGUAGGAAAAGACAACGGGUCUAUGGCGAUCGGUUUAUACCGAAUCGUGAGGGGCAAGAUUUACAAGCCACUUACAGCUUACUUCACGAAGAUGGGUGUCCCUCAACGCCUUCCAAAACGAAAAAGCGCGCUCCUCAUUCAGAGCUUCAUUUUCAAAAGACAGAAGAAGCAAAUCGGAUGUACUCGCGAGUGCUCCGAAGCGAGCUGUUUGGGAGCACAGUCCCACAGGCCGAUCUGGACUCGCUCUCGCCUGAUCCCUUAUUAGGUAUCCCUAAUGGCAUCAACGAGAAGACUCGUUCGCAUACACCUCCUUCACACUCCAUAUCGAAUCUCCCUCCAGCUAGCAUCACACCAUCAACGCCUCACAAAAAUCUCUUUUCAUACACAUCCCCGAGAAUCGGCUCCGGACAACCCACGCCAUCAAAGACACCUCGAAGUCAACACGGCCCGAAUCUGAACGUUCGGUCGGAGCUUUAUAGUCUGUCCCCGAUCAGAUAUGACAGUCAACGCAUUCUAGAAACACCCCGCAAGCAGCCGCGCUAUGUUAAUAAAGUUCCCUACAAGGUCCUUGAUGCGCCUGACCUACAGGACGACUUCUACUUAAAUCUGGUGGAUUGGGGCAGCAGUAAUGUCCUAGGAGUCGGCCUUGGGAAUUCGGUGUACAUGUGGAACUCCAGCACUGGCCGUGUGACAAAACUCUGUGAGUUGAAAGAUGAUACUGUCACAAGUGUGAGCUGGAUACAAAGGGGUACACAUUUGUCAAUAGGUACCGGCAAGGGUCUCGUCCAGAUCUGGGAUGCAGAGCAUUGUCGCCGUCUCCGAACAAUGAUUGGACACACUAAUCGUGUGGGUGCUCUCGCAUGGAACGAUCAUAUUCUGACGUCCGGUUCUCGAGAUCGCCUUAUCUUCCACCGUGAUGUACGUUCGCCCGAUCAGUAUCUACGUCGACUGUCGGGUCACAAGCAGGAGGUUUGUGGUCUCCGGUGGAAUACCGAAGAUGGCCAGCUCGCGUCAGGUGGAAAUGACAACAAACUUAUGGUCUGGGACAAGCUAAACGAGACACCACUUUAUCGCUUCUCUGAUCACACUGCGGCUGUAAAGGCCAUCGCAUGGUCGCCCCACCAACAUCAUCUUCUCGCCUCUGGUGGGGGUACAGCUGAUCGAACCAUUAAAUUCUGGAAUACAGCUACUGGGUCAAUGAUCAAAGAGGUUGACACAGGUAGCCAGGUGUGUAAUCUGGCGUGGUCGAAGAAUUCAGACGAAAUCAUCAGCACACAUGGUUACAGUCAGAACCAGAUUGUCAUCUGGAAAUACCCGCGCAUGGAACAAAUUGUAUCGUUGACUGGCCAUACAUUCCGUGUCCUCUAUCUCGCAAUGAGUCCUGACGGACAAACAGUCGUUACCGGAGCCGGCGACGAAACGCUGAGGUUCUGGAAGAUCUUCAACAGGAAGUCUGGGAGAGAACCCGGACGUGUGGGCGGCAAGCUAGCGGAAUGGGGCACUAUUCGAUGA